CUCCUUCCCAUCUUGGGUGGUUCAUGUAAGCAACCUCCACUCACUCUCCAAACAUACAUCCUUAUGAAGCGCUGCGGUGUGAGGUGUGAUAUCAGGGCUGAGCUGCCACAUUCUCCACACAAGUUUGAAGCAGGACUGAGGAGAGGGGAAGGGAGCACUGAACACUCCCAAGAAGCCCCAAGACUGCCACCAGACACAGACUGCCAGUUUGAUCCUAAAAACAGACAUGGAGUCAAAACCUGACGGUGGACCAGCAGUGCCCAACAUUCCCUCUGGCUCGUUUACCAGUGAAGAAUUGGCUGCUAUUGAGGAUGAAGAGGUUCUCAACAAGAUGCUGGACAGUACAGUAGAUUUUGAACAGAGGCGAAUGAUUCGUGCUGCGUUAAGGGACCUGCUCAAGAAAAAGAGAGAUAAACGGGAGCAGGAGCGAGGGUCCAGGCAGCAGGACUUGAAACAGCAGGGUCUGAGCAAAGGAGGAACAACAAGUGGAGUUGUUAGCAUAGGAAGAGCGUCCAUGAACCAGCAGCCACCAAAAAACAAGCCGUCAGGCCUGCCGUCUCCAUCAGCCUCCACUCCCUUCAACAUGACAGUGGGCAGCAAGGCUGGCUCAGCUGGAGCCACACCCCCGACAUCUCCUUCCUCUACAGCACCCAAUGUUAAAAAUGUCAAACAAAUGCUUCUGGACUGGUGCAGGGCCAAAACAGAGCCAUAUGAGGGCGUAGACAUCCAGAACUUCUCCUCCAGUUGGAGAGACGGCAUAGCCUUCUGCGCCUUGGUGCACCGUUUCUUCCCUGACGCGUUCGAGUACUCCAUCCUCAAUCCUUAUGCGCCCAGGGAAAACUUCCAGCUGGCUUUCAGCACUGCAGAGAGGCUGGCAGGCUGCCCCCCUCUGCUGGAUGCAGACGAUUUAGUCCGGAUGAAAGAGCCUGACUGGAAGUGUGUGUAUACUUACAUCCAGGAGUUCUACCGCUGCCUGGUGGAAAAGGGCUUGGUCAAAACCAAGAAGCGAGCAUAGACCCUUGAGAAGGCCGACUCUAGCUUUCAUGAUUGGAUGUGAUUUCAAUUUCUGCAAAUAAUACACACAUUAGCACAAGCUGAGGUCUGAUAGAUAAUAUUAUACACUUUUUUUCAUUGUCUAUGAUGCUUGACUUACCAUGAAGUAAACGAUUAAGUAUUUGUUGUUUCCAGCUGAUGCAUUAUUUGAAUGUAUAAAUCCACAGUGCCUAAUAUGUAGCGUUUGCAUUGGUUUGUGCGUUAGCAGCGACUUUCUACGUGCUCUCAGUGGACAGCUGGAGCUUAGGAUCAGUACAUUCCACUGAGAUUACACAUCUGCAUUAAUCCCAGUCAGAGCCAAAGAGAAUCUGGGAACGUAUUUUAUGAUGAUGCUGUUGCUGCUGGCCUGAGUGUGUAAGUGUUAAAGACACA